GCCACACAAGCUGACUCCUGCAGGCCCUGCACUCUGCAGAGGUCCAGACUUCUGCUCGCUGCUCGCUUGGACUCAUGGCUACAGGAGGUCAUGUCCCUGAGAUCGAUGCGUUAAUCAACCUGCAACAGGUAAAAGUGGAGGAAGAAGAUGAGGAGGCAUCUGCGGAGGAACAGGACGAAGAGAAAGACGACGAUAACUGGGAGAAAGCCCUGUCCGUCGAGCGUUUCAGAGACAUCAUCUGUGAAUCCGGUUCCACCAACGGGGACAGGAUGGGACGCCACUACACAGAGAAAGACUUUGAGUAUCACAGACAUACGUUCCACCACACGCACCACCCCCUGUCCACCCACCUGCCCGUUUCCCAGCGCCUGCGCAAGAGAGUGCACAGCGCCGACCGCCGGCGCAAGAAGAAACGGAAGAAAAAAAAGACCUCGCUGCCGCCCUCCGACGUCACGCCCACCAUACAGGAGGUAGACGAGGAAGAGGCGGAGUCUGAGACGGAGCGACGCGGGGCGGCUGCCACGCCCACAGCGCUGCUCCUCGUUCAGCCGCAGUUUAGUUUUGGGAGCCAAGGAGACUUGAAGGAACCCUCUCCACCUGCAUCCGUCUGCGUGGAAAACGAAGAACACCCGCUGGCCCUGAACGCAUCGCUCACUCUGAUAGGAGAGGCAGCUCAUCAUCAGAGAGUUCCUGGUCCUGGUUCUGGUUCUGGUCCUUGUCCUGUUCCCGUUCUUGGACAGAAGGAUGAAGGAGAAGCUACGAUCAACAGUUCUCCCUCGGGAUCAGACCCCUUCAUUUCAGCUCCAGUCCACAGCUGGUUCUGCAGGAAGCCCGUCCAUCACCGUCUACCAAGCGCCCAGCGCAGCAACUACGACUUGCGGGAUCGGAUUUGCAUCGGCAGCAUGACCGCUCUGGAGACCGCCGUCUACCAGCAGGUGCCCACCGACGAGGCCGAGGCCCAGAUGUUGGUCAGCGCCGAUCUGGACGACAUGAAAAGUCACAGGUUUGAGGACAACCCCGGCGUACGGCGCCACCUUGUGAAGAAGUCGUCCCGAUGUCAGAUGUCACGGGGCAGCAUCAGCUCCACCCCACUGUCCAGCUUAAAGAAGAAGAAGAGGGCAGCAGAAAAGAAAACACAUGAGCUGUUUGUUGAGCUCAAUGAGCUGAUUGUGGAGAAGGAGCAGGAAAUGCGCUGGAAGGAGCGAGCUCGUUGGAUCAAGUUUGAGGAGGAUGUUGAGGAGGAGACGGACCGUUGGGGCAAGCCUCACGUGGCUUCGCUGUCUUUCCGCAGUUUGUUGGAGCUUCGUCGGACCAUCACUCAUGGUGCCAUCCUUUUGGACCUUGAGCAGAACUCUCUCCCUGGUAUCGCUCAUCUUGUUGUGGAGACGAUGAUCAUCUCUGAUCAGAUCAGAGCCGAGGACAGACCGAGCGUUCUUCGCGCUCUGCUUCUCAAACACAGCCAUCCGAGUGAUCUGAAGCAUCGUUUCCACCGUCACCACUCAUCCGGUAGCCUUCAUGGCAGCUUCAACCACAACCACGUCCAGGACACCAACGUGCCGCUGGUGAUGGAAGAGAACGACGAGCACCACGAUGGCAAAGGACCAGUAUACGACCCCAAACAAGACGUGUUUGUCAGCCUGUUUAAAUCUCUCCACCCUCUGCCUCCCGAGCAUCACCCGGCUGCAGCCAGAUCCCUGAAGCUGCUCGCCAAGAUUCCUAAAGACGCAGAAGCUGUCAUUGUUUUAGUUGGUUGUGUUGAAUUUCUGGAGCAGCCAGCCAUGGCCUUUGUAAGGCUGAGUGAAGCUGUCCUCCUAGAGUCUGUACUUGAGGUUCCUGUUCCGGUUCGAUUUAUUUUUGUCUUGCUCGGACCCAGCCAGUCUAAUGUGGACUACCAUGAGAUUGGACGCUCCUUCGCCACUCUCAUGUCUGACAAGAACUUUCAUGAGGUGGCCUACUUUGCUGACGACAGGCAGGACCUCUUGAAUGGCAUUAAUGAAUUCUUGGACUGCAGCAUCGUCAUUCCGCCUUCAGAUGUGGAGGGCAAAGACCUGCUGAAGACAGUGGCUGACUUCCAGAAACAGCUGCUGCGCAAGAGAAAAGAACGAGAAGGGAAGAAGUACCACCCUGUGUCUGCAGUGGAACAGGACAUCAAAGAAGUGAUUCCAGAGGAGGAGGAGGAAGGCGAGCAAGAGGUGGACCCUUUACAGCGCUCAGGUGUCCCAUUUGGAGGCCUGAUCCACGACAUUCGCCGGCGCUAUCCACACUAUGUCAGUGAUUUGAAAGACGCUCUGGAUAUGCAGUGUAUUGCUGCUGUCAUCUUUAUUUAUUUUGCUGCUCUGUCACCUACUAUCACCUUUGGAGGCCUGCUGGGAGAGAAAACUGAGGGCCUGAUGGGUGUGACUGAGCUCAUUGUUUCAACUGCCACCCUUGGAGUCAUCUUCUCUCUGUUUGCUGGUCAGCCUCUUCUCAUCAUUGGUUUCUCUGGACCUUUGCUGGUUUUUGAAGAAGCCUUCUACAAGUUCUGUCAGGCCUAUAACUUCGAGUACCUGACGGGACGAGUUUGGAUCGGUUUCUGGCUCGUCGUCAUCGUCUUGGUGAUUGUGGCUUCAGAAGGAAGCUUUCUUGUGCGCUACAUCUCUCCUUUUACCCAGGAGAUUUUUGCUUUCCUCAUUUCUCUCAUUUUUAUCUACGAGACUUUUUCUAAGCUCGUCAAGGUGUUCAAGGAGCAUCCUCUGUUGGCGGUGUACCCCACCGACUCCAGCACAGCUAAUGCAUUUCAGGAUUUUGACGUUCAGGUCCUCAACCAGCCCAACACAGCUCUGCUGUCACUGGUUCUUAUGAUGGGCACGUUCUUAGUCGCAUUCUUCCUACGGAAGUUCAGAAACAGCCGUUUCUUAGGCGGCAAGGCCAGAAGAAUUAUUGGUGACUUUGGCAUCCCCAUCUCCAUCUUAGUUUCCGUUCUGCUCGAUUACAGCAUCACUGACACCUACACACAGAAACUCAAUGUCCCUUCAGGCUUUUCAGUCACAUCUCCAGAGAAGAGAAGCUGGUUGAUCAGUCCUUUUGGAGACAAGCAGCCGUUUCCAACCUGGAUGAUGGGAGCUUCUGUUGUUCCUGCACUCCUUGUCUUCAUUCUCAUUUUCAUGGAAACUCAGAUCACUUCACUGAUUGUCAGUAAAAAGGAGCGUCGCCUCAUCAAGGGCUCGGGUUUCCACCUGGACCUCCUGCUCAUCGUCAUACUUGGUGCCGUUUGCCCGCUGUUCGGCCUGCCGUGGCUCACCGCAGCCACGGUCCGUUCUGUCACUCACGUCAACGCGCUCACCGUCAUGAGCAAGGCCACGGCUCCUGGAGAAAAGCCCAUGAUCCAGGAGGUGAAGGAGCAGAGGCUGACGGGGCUGAUGGUGGCUGUGCUCGUUGGGUUGUCCAUCGUGAUGACGGACGUGCUGCGCCUCAUCCCUCUGGCCGUUCUCUUUGGUAUCUUCCUGUACAUGGGGGUCACCUCCCUGACGGGCAUCCAGCUGUACGAGCGCAUCACGCUCAUGGUCACCCCUGCCAAGCACCACCCUGACCACACCUACGUCACUAAGGUGAAGACAUGGCGGAUGAACAUGUUCACCAUCAUCCAGCUGGCGUGCAUCGUGGCUCUGUGGGUAGUGAAGUCCACCGUGGUCUCCUUGGCGUUCCCCUUCGUCCUGAUCAUGACGGUGCCGCUGCGCCGCCUCAUCCUCUCCAGGGUUUUUGAGGAACGUGAGCUCCAGGCGCUGGACUGCGAUGAGGACUCCCCCAACUUUGACGAGGAUGGGAGAGACGAGUACAAUGAGAUCCACAUGCUCGUAUAAAUACAGAGUGGACCAUAGUCCACUUUCCAUAAAUCCUCUGUCCCACAGCUCUGAUCAAGCACAAAGCACAAAA